AUUCGUGACCAUGUUCAUAGAGGGUGGGAGAGUCAGAAUAUGCGUAGAGAGGCGAGAAAAUGUGGAGGAAGAGGGAAGGAUGUUGGCAGGAGUCACCCCUUACGUCCUUUUCACUCACGAAGUCCACCCACGGCUCACCCGCAGCACUCCAUCAAAAACAAGCUCAAAAUGCGAAUCUCUUCCAUAGUGCUGUGGGCAUCCUUUCUAAUGGUCAAAUGUAGCAAUGAAGAGGAGUGUGAAACAUUGCCCUCGGAAAUUCACAUCACUAAAGAGGAGUUCGAUGAACUCGGUCGACUUCAAAGAACCUGCAAUGGAGAUGUAGCGGUGAGCAAAUGCGAGGGCGCCUGCAAUUCCCAAGUUCAACCAAGCGUUGCCACUCCAAACGGAUUCCUCAAGGAAUGCUUUUGCUGCAGAGAAAGUUAUCUUAGAGAGAGAGUCAUCACCCUCGAUCACUGUUACGAUCCAGAUGGGAUAAGGAUAACUGUUGAAGGCAAGGCUACCAUGGACAUCAAGCUGAGAGAACCAGACCAGUGCAAGUGUUAUAAGUGUGGCGAUUACUCUCGAUAGAAUAAAUUCAAUACUAUCCAAACAUUUUCUUGAGCCCCUCAAUAAGUAUUCUUCUUAAUUUGUACUCUUUUUAUAGGAUAUCAAUUAAACAAUUUCUUAGUAUUUCUUUUUCAAAAUAUAUUUUCCUGC